GUCUACCACAGUGGUUCCAGGGGAGAAACCUUUCCAGGAUCCAUGUAUGGACACAGCUGAUCUCCCUGAUCAGGAUCCUUUCAGCACCCAACAGGGAAGGUAAAUUCCUAGCAAGAAACACUGCUCAGGAAGUAAUUGUACCAUGUCUCCAAAUUCCUGAGAAUCAAGUGGGAAAACUGGAAGCAACAAGAAACAAGUAAGCGCAAUGGCGGCGGCCGCGGCGGAGCAGCAACAGUUCUACCUGCUCCUGGGAAACCUGCUCAGCCCCGACAAUGUGGUCCGGAAACAGGCAGAGGAAACCUAUGAGAAUAUCCCAGGUCAGUCAAAGAUCACGUUCCUCUUACAAGCCAUCAGAAAUACAACUGCUGCUGAGGAGGUUAGACAAAUGGCUGCUGUUCUCCUAAGACGUCUUCUGUCGUCAGCAUUUGAUGAAGUCUAUCCAGCUCUUCCUUCCGAUGUUCAGACUGCCAUCAAGAGUGAGCUCCUCCUGAUUAUCCAGAUGGAAACACAGUCCAGCAUGAGGAAAAAAAUCUGUGACAUUGCUGCAGAGCUGGCCAGGAAUUUAAUAGAUGAAGAUGGUAAUAACCAGUGGCCUGAAGGUUUGAAGUUCCUUUUUGACUCGGUCAGCUCUCAAAAUGUGGGACUGCGGGAAGCUGCCCUUCACAUUUUCUGGAAUUUUCCUGGAAUUUUUGGGAAUCAACAGCAGCACUAUUUAGACGUCAUCAAACGGAUGCUAGUUCAGUGUAUGCAAGAUCAGGAACAUCCAUCGAUCAGAACAUUAUCUGCUAGAGCUACAGCUGCAUUUAUACUUGCAAAUGAGCAUAAUGUUGCUCUCUUUAAACAUUUUGCCGACUUACUACCUGGAUUCUUACAGGCUGUAAAUGACUCAUGUUACCAGAAUGACGAUUCCGUCCUCAAGUCCCUUGUUGAGAUUGCAGAUACUGUUCCUAAGUAUUUGCGUCCUCAUUUAGAAGCCACUUUACAACUGAGUCUGAAGUUAUGUGGAGACACUACCCUCAAUAACAUGCAACGGCAGCUUGCCCUGGAAGUGGUAGUGACCCUCUCAGAGACAGCAGCUGCUAUGUUAAGAAAACAUACCAAUGUUAUUGCACAGACAAUUCCUCAGAUGUUAGCAAUGAUGGUUGAUCUGGAAGAGGACGAGGACUGGGCAAAUGCUGACGAACUAGAAGAUGAUGAUUUUGACAGCAAUGCUGUUGCUGGUGAGAGUGCUCUGGACCGAAUGGCUUGUGGACUUGGUGGGAAGCUCGUGCUCCCCAUGAUCAAGGAGCACAUCAUGCAGAUGCUUCAGAACCCCGACUGGAAGUACCGGCAUGCAGGGUUGAUGGCCUUAUCUGCCAUUGGUGAAGGAUGCCACCAGCAAAUGGAAGGAAUUCUGAACGAGAUAGUGAAUUUUGUUUUGCUUUUUCUUCAGGAUCCUCAUCCGAGAGUGAGGUAUGCAGCCUGCAAUGCUGUAGGACAGAUGGCUACAGACUUCGCACCUGGCUUCCAAAAGAAAUUCCAUGAAAAGGUGAUUGCGUCACUGUUGCAGACCAUGGAAGACCAAGGCAAUCAACGUGUGCAAGCCCACGCCGCAGCUGCCCUCAUUAACUUCACUGAAGACUGCCCCAAGUCGCUCCUCAUCCCAUAUUUAGAUAAUUUGGUGAAACAUCUGCAUUCUAUCAUGGUACUGAAACUUCAAGAGUUGAUUCAGAAAGGCACCAAGUUAGUUUUGGAACAAGUUGUGACGUCCAUUGCGUCAGUUGCAGAUACUGCAGAAGAAAAAUUUGUCCCUUACUAUGAUUUAUUUAUGCCAUCACUGAAGCACAUUGUUGAAAAUGCCGUUCAAAAGGAACUCAGACUUCUGAGGGGGAAAACGAUUGAAUGCAUCAGCCUCAUUGGUCUGGCUGUUGGGAAGGAAAAAUUCAUGCAAGAUGCAUCCGAUGUGAUGCAGUUGUUAUUGAAGACCCAGACAGACUUCAGUGACAUGGAAGACGAUGAUCCUCAGAUCUCUUACAUGAUCUCAGCAUGGGCCAGAAUGUGCAAAAUCCUUGGGAAAGAAUUUCAGCAGUACCUUCCAGUAGUUAUGGGGCCUUUAAUGAAAACAGCUUCAAUUAAGCCUGAAGUCGCUCUUUUAGAUACUCAAGACAUGGAGAGUAUGAGUGACGAUGAUGGCUGGGAAUUUGUCAAUCUUGGAGAUCAGCAGAGUUUUGGUAUUAAAACUGCAGGACUGGAAGAGAAAUCAACUGCUUGCCAGAUGUUGGUUUGCUACGCGAAGGAGUUAAAGGAAGGCUUUGUGGAAUAUACAGAACAAGUCGUCAAGCUGAUGGUCCCGUUACUGAAAUUUUACUUCCAUGAUGGUGUUCGAGUGGCGGCAGCAGAAUCCAUGCCCCUUCUCCUGGAAUGUGCAAGAGUCCGAGGUCCCGAGUACCUCACACAAAUGUGGCAUUUUAUGUGUGAUGCCCUCAUCAAGGCCAUUGGGACAGAACCCGACUCAGAUGUCCUCUCAGAAAUAAUGCACUCUUUCGCAAAGUGCAUAGAAGUAAUGGGAGAUGGAUGCCUUAGUAAUGAACACUUUGAAGAACUGGGAGGGAUACUGAAAGCAAAGCUUGAAGAGCAUUUUAAAAAUCAAGAAUUGCGGCAAGUUAAAAGACAAGAUGAAGACUAUGAUGAACAAGUUGAAGAGUCACUACAAGAUGAGGAUGAUAAUGAUGUUUAUAUUCUGACCAAGGUGUCAGACAUUUUACACUCAAUAUUCAGUAGCUACAAGGAAAAGGUGUUACCGUGGUUUGAACAGCUGCUUCCAUUAAUUGUCAACCUAAUCUGUCCUCAUAGACCUUGGCCAGACAGACAGUGGGGACUGUGCAUCUUUGAUGAUGUCGUAGAGCACUGCAGCCCAGCCUCAUUUAAAUACGCAGAAUAUUUCUUACGGCCGAUGCUCCAGUAUGUGUGUGACAACAGCCCAGAAGUCCGACAGGCUGCUGCCUAUGGCCUGGGCGUCAUGGCACAGUACGGCGGAGAGAACUAUCGUCCUUUUUGUACAGAAGCACUUCCACUGCUGGUCCGAGUUAUUCAGGCUGUGGAUUCUAGGACCAAAGAAAAUGUCAAUGCUACAGAGAACUGCGUCUCAGCAGUGGGGAAGAUUAUGAAGUUCAAACCGGACUGUGUAAACGUGGACGAGGUCCUACCCCACUGGUUGUCCUGGCUUCCACUUCAUGAAGAUAAAGAAGAAGCUGUUCAGACAUUUCAUUAUCUGUGUGACCUCAUUGAAAGUAAUCACCCAAUCAUUCUUGGCCCAAACAAUACCAAUCUGCCCAAAAUAUUCAAAAUCAUUGCAGACGGAGAAAUGCAUGAGGCAAUUAAACACGAAGAUCCUUGUGCCAAACGUCUGGCUAAUGUAGUUCGCCAAGUACAGACUUCUGGAGGAUUGUGGACUGAAUGCAUAGGACAGCUCAGUCCCGAGCAGCAGAGAGCCAUCCAGGAACUCCUGAACUCUGCUUGAAGGGCCUUAAUAUCACCCACCUGAAAUAACUCCAAAUAAACGUUUACCCUUUUGUUUAGGUUUCUUGGUUUUGUUUUUGAGCAAAAGAGAACGAGAGUGUGUGUAGGCCGUUCUUCUGCAAAGCCACAGCGGCAGGAAGAGAAGCACUGUUUGAGAAUGGUGUUUAACUGGAUUUCUUUCAUAACACUGAGGAAAUUCCCCGUAAACCCUACAGUAGCACUGAAGAGUAUUUUUCUAUUGGUAUAACCCACCUGUGUCAAGGUGAAAGGGAAAGAGAAGUUUCUCAUUAGACAAGAUUUUUAAGGAAAAGCCACUUUAGGAUCAGUUACUCAGCAUAGAUUUGCAUUUAAACAAAUGGCUGUACUGUACGCCUGGUGUUCAUUCUGUUCACUGGAGUGUGACUCUCUCCGUAGGGUAGAAGACUUCUUCCUACCAGUAGAUCCAAAAGUUGGGAGGAAAGGACUAAGGACUAAACAGCAAGCAUGAGCGCCUGUUGACGUCACUUUCAGUCCUUUUUCCCAGAAGGACUUGUGCAGUGACUCACUUUGGAAAGCUUCCAGCCCUGCAAUGUGAAGUGUUGUUGGCAUGUCUGGCAGUAGUCUCUCAUUCACUCCUCAAUAAACAACAUUGAAAUACAAAAGAGGCUUGUGCAAAAAUUCACUACUGUCUGGCUUUUAUUCAUUUAAAGUUUUUAAUAUAAGAAUAAUAUUUUUUUAAAGUAAUAGCUAUGGCUCUGAAUAUUUUUCUUGUGCAAUUCAAAUUUCAAUGCAUUUUCGUUUCUACUGACUUCCACUUUAACUUAUGCUAAGUUUUAAUACACCUGCUUCAUUCAUAAAUUGAUGUCCUUUUAAAGUUUGCAGAUUUCAGCAGAUGGUUUUUUUUAAGCAAGGAUUGUUCUGAUGAAAUCAGAGAUUCGGUUUAGUGUUCUCAUCACAAAUUGUAAUUGCUAUAGAGCCUCACACUACUUUCAAUCUUUAAACUUCACAAAUAAGUAUUAUGGCUACAAUUAUUUACUGAUGAAUUCAGCAUACUGUGUGAAUGUUUUUAUGUAUUAACCUCAUAGCAGUAAAUAACUUACUGUCAUUUCUUUAAAUAAAUUUUUCUAAGGGAUCUAAACAGAUUUCUGUUGAAAACUUCAGUGUUAACAUUUUUAUAGUUUGUACUAAAUUUAACCAUGAUAUAUAAAUGAAUUUUAUGCAUAGACCAGAAUUGAAAAUUAAAAGGUGUUUUUUUU